UUUUUGCUAAGGAAAAGAGAUUAGAAGUAGCGCCAUAGCCAUAGCCAUAGAGUCCAUAACCACUGCUUGCCGAUGUCACUGUACGAAGAACACGAACAGGCACUCACUGUAUAACCCUUCAAUGGCAAAUCCAACACCGUCCCAACUUUAGUUUUCCUCUGAACUUUCAAACCCAAUUCAUCUUUUCAGGUCUUACAUCUUCUUUCUUCUUCAAAAUCUCAUGAAUUUCCCCAUUUCCCACCGACCCUGAAUUUUCAGUUUUCAAUUUUCAAUUUUCAAUUCUCAAAUCGGUGGAAAACGACGGCAACGGGAGAGAUCGAGUAUGGUUUCUUAUGUGAGUGCGUUGCUUUAUGGCGUUGGAGGUUUGGUGGUCGCAGGAAUGGCGUUGCUGGUCGCUUUUCAAGAGAGAUUGGUUUAUGUGCCGGCUCUUCCUGGACUUACUAAAUCUUAUGCGAUUACACCAUCUCGGCUUCGCCUUGUUUAUGAGGAUGUUUGGCUUCGAUCUUCUGAUGGAGUCCGGCUUCACUCGUGGUUCAUUAAACUCUUCCCCGAUUGCCGAGGUCCUACCAUCCUUUUUUUCCAAGAAAAUGCUGGAAAUAUCGCCCAUCGUCUUGAAAUGGUCCGCAUUAUGAUACAGAGGUUACAGUGCAAUGUUUUCAUGCUUUCAUAUAGAGGUUAUGGAGCAAGUGAUGGUUAUCCUUCUCAGCAUGGAAUUACUAGAGAUGCUCAGGCUGCAUUGGAUCAUCUUUCUCAAAGGACCGACAUUGACACGUCUAGGAUAAUAGUGUUUGGAAGGUCACUUGGGGGUGCAGUUGGAGCGGUUCUUACCAAAAAUAACCCUGACAAGGUUGCUGCACUAAUAUUAGAAAAUACUUUUACUUCAAUUUUGGAUAUGGCUGGAGUUUUGCUACCCUUUCUAAAGUGGUUUAUUGGAGGCCCUGGAUCAAAAGGUCCCAAGGUUCUCAAUUUUCUUGUGCGUUCUCCAUGGAGCACCAUUGAUGUAGUUGGCAAGAUUAAGCAGCCAAUUCUUUUCUUAUCUGGAUUACAAGAUGAGAUGGUUCCCCCAGUCCACAUGCAGAUGCUGUAUGCCAAAGCAGCUGCUCAUAACAACCGUUGUCUCUUCGUCGACUUCCCCUCUGGCAUGCAUAUGGACACUUGGCUAGCUGGCGGCGAUCAUUAUUGGAGAACAAUUCAGCAAUUCAUCGAUCAGAAUGUGCCAGAGAAUAGAGAAAGUGAAUCAUCAGGAGACGAUAAAGGUUAUGGCAGUAGAUAGAUAGAUGAUGAGUUGGUGGGAAGUGGGGUUUUUGAAAUUAUAUUGAUUUGGUCUUCCUUCUCCAAAUUGAUCUGUGGCAUAUCAUUCAGGAACUACAGGAAGCUCUCUUUCUCUUCUGUAACAAAGUUGGGUGCAGUUAGAGAUUUAUGAGAGCAAGCAAAUUGAAUGUGCUGUAGUAGUUAGUAGUAGUGUUAAUCAAAUAUUCACUUGGAGAGGUUUUUUUUUGGGUUUUUUGAUUUUAGGCUUCAUAUAUAUGGCAGAGAGUCAGAGUGAGAGUGCCCUUUGGUAUGUACUAUUUGGAUUUCGAACACUUCGGUUUCACACCAAAAAAAAAAAAAGAACUCCAACUAAUUUAGUUGUAUGAUAAUUUGAAAGGCAACAAGAAGAAAGAAAAAGCCCAGGCUAAUUUCUUUUUU